AUGGAAAACGACCGUGGCGAGAUCGUCGAUCUCUACGUCCCCCGCAAGUGCUCUGCCACCAACCGCAUCAUCAAGGCCAAGGACCACGCCUCCGUCCAGAUCUCCAUCGCCAAGGUUGACGAGUCUGGCCGUGCUGUCUCCGGCGAGAACCACGUCUACGCCCUCUGCGGCUUCGUCCGCGCCAUGGGCGAGUCCGACGAUGCCCUGAACCGAUUGGUCCAGCGUGACGGCCUCGUCAAGAACGUCUGGAGCGGCCAGCGAUAA